CCUCCUCUGUUACACCAACGGCGUCAGUCUAUACUGGUUUGUGUCACGAGGAAACGUUCGGAUGAAGUCGAAGCGAGAAGGGUUGGACCGUGGAAUAACAUUGGAUAUUCCUCAUGUUCGUGGAUCGAGGAUUUGUCUCUUUUGAUAUUUUGGCGAUGGCUGCUCGGCAACGAUACGAUCGUGUGGGGAUUGCACUCUCCAUUUUGCUUUGUCUCUGUGAAUGGUCCGUUGCACAGAUAUCCUACUCUGUUUCCGAAGAGGUGGACAAAGGAACUGUAGUCGGGAACCUCGCCAAAGAUUUGAACCUCAAUCUCCAGCAAUUGAAAUCCAGGAAUCUUGAAAUACAUUCGGGUUACAAAAUUCUGUAUUUUCAGGCUGAUUUGAAUAGUGGAUUUCUAAAGGUUAACGAGAGGAUAGACCGAGAGGAGCUUUGUCCUAACACGGUAAAGUGCUCUUUAAACGUAGAGGCCAUGUUGAGUCAACCGCGAGAUCUUCGCAGAAUAGUCAUUGAUAUUCUCGAUGUGAAUGAUAAUUUCCCAUCUUUUAUGGAGGAGGUUAAGAUAAUCGAAAUGCCCGAGUCGUCCUAUCCCGGGGAGAGAUAUCCUUUGCCUACUGCCCAUGACGCAGACACAGGCAGUAACUCAUUAAAGACUUACAAAUUGAGCCAAAAUGAACAUUUCUCAUUGGAUGUUCAAAGCAGCGAAGACGGUCUGUCUGCUGAGUUGGUGUUGCAGAAAUCAUUAGAUCGAGAGAAACAGGCCGUGAUCACACUAACUCUGACCGCUGUAGACGGUGGUAAACCUCCCAGAUCGGGGACAUUAGAAAUAAUGGUUAAUGUUAUGGAUGUAAAUGACAAUUCCCCUUUGUUCAGUCAAUCACUCUACAAAGCAAAGAUUGUUGAAAAUGCUGAAAUAGGAGCCACGUUAUUUACUCUCAGCGCUACUGACCUGGAUGACGGUGUUAAUAGUGAACUUGUCUACUCGUUUGCAGCGAAGGGGCGCGUAGAUCCCAGUGAUAAAUUCUCCCUCAACGAAGAGACCGGUGUUAUCACAGUAAAAUCAAUCAUUGACUUUGAAGAGAAACAAGCUUACGAUAUUCGCGUCCAAGCAAGAGAUAAAGGAACUCCUCCUCGUAUUGCUCAUGGCAAGAUUUUAGUCGAAGUUAUCGAUAUAAACGAUAAUACACCAGAAAUAGUUGUAUCAUCUCUCAUGAAUCAGGUUAAAGAAGAUGCUGAAUUAGGUACAGUCGUGGCUUUGGUGACUGUGACUGAUAGAGACGGAGGCAAAAAUGGACAUUCAAAUUGUAGAUUAACUGGCUCUGUGCCUUUCAAAUUGAAGUUAAACUAUGAUAAUUAUUAUUCUCUACUGGUUGACGGUGCACUUGAUAGAGAGAGCGUUUCUCAGUAUGAAGUCACUAUCAAUGCUACAGAUGAGGGGACUCCACCUCUCUCUAGUACCAAUGUGAUCACCGUCCACGUUUCUGAUGUCAAUGACAAUCCACCGCGUUUUCCUCAUCCGGUUAUAAAUGUUUAUGUAAAAGAAAACAGCCCGACUGAUCAAGUCAUUCAUACAGUAACCGCUACUGAUGCAGACGUAGGUGAAAAUGCAAAAUUAACGUACGCUAUAAUUAAUAACGUGUCAGUGCCUGUGAUAUCAAUGGUUAAUAUCAAUCCCGAUUCCGGCGAAAUAGUUUGCCUACAGUCUUUUAAUUAUGAAAAGAGAAAAACAUUUCAGUUCAAAGUUCAGACCACCGAUUCUGGAGUUCCUUCACUGAGCAGUAACGCCACUGUUAACGUUUUCAUACUGGAUGAGAAUGACAACAGUCCCGGGAUUUUAGCCCCCCAUUCUGAACACAGCUCCGUUAACAGUGAGAACAUUCCCUACUCUGCUGAAGCGGGAUACUUUGUGGCUAAAAUCAGGGCCGUAGACGCAGACUCUGGCUACAAUGCACUGCUUUCUUAUCACAUCUCUGAACCCAAAGGAACCAAUCUCUUUCGGAUAGGAACCAGCACCGGUGAAAUCAGGACUAAGAGAAGGAUGAGUGACAAUGAUCUGAAAACUCACCCAUUGGUGGUGUUGGUUUGUGAUAACGGGGAGCCCUCCCUGACAACUACUGUGUCUAUUGAUGUCGUUGUGGUUGAAAACACAGGAGACCUUGAGACUCAGUUCAGACACGUGCCGCUAAAGGAGGACAGCUUCUCUGCUUUAAACCUGUAUUUGCUGAUCGCCAUUGCGUCGGUGUCAGUGAUCUUUCUACUGAGUCUCAUCAGUUUAAUAGCAGUCAAAUGCCACCGGACAGACAACAGUUUCAGCAGGUACAGCGCCCCAACGAUCACCACCCACCCUGACGGGAGCUGGUCUUACUCUAAAUCUACUCAGCAGUAUGACGUGUGUUUCAGCUCAGACACACUGAAGAGUGACGUAGUAGUGUUCCCUCCUCAAUUCCCGCCUGUUGAUGGAGAACUGAUCAGUAUAAACGGAGGAGACACUUUAAACAGGACUCAGACUUUGCCCAAUCACGAGAAGGUAUGUUAAGUGCUAAUCAGCCACAUUUUUAAUUUCAUUUAAAAGAUUAAAUAUAAUGUAUUUGUCCUGUCCUUGCAAUGUUAUAUUGCUUUUGUGAUGCCACUUUGAGGACCAAGUAGAGGGAUUCUGUGACGUAAUAUUACGUCCUGAUCAAGAAACAUCCUGCAUUUAUUUUGCUUGCUGUCUGAAAGAAUUGUUGCUUUUAGCCUGUGACGUUUGGAUAACAAAAAAAUAUUUUCUGUAAUGGUAGGCUUUGAUGGAUGUCUAGUUUGGGUUAGCAUAUAUGCUUUUCAUUAUCCCGUUUUGCUCAAUGCAAAACAAUUCCCGCCUGUUGAUGGAGAACUGAUCAGUAUUAACGGAGGAGACUUUAAGCAGAACUCUGACUUUACCAAAUACAGAGAAGUUAAGAGACAUAAACGUUAAUGUUUGAUUAUGCUGGUAAUUUGCACUUACCUUUGUAUUGGAUCAUCCUCAUCUAAAAUUUCGUUAUGCUCUCCGUGGUGCUGAAUAAUACUUUGAAGACUUGGCUGUGGGUCAAAUGUAGCUCAUUCUUAUAUCUAUUCUGUUUGAUAAUAAGAAGUGUAGCCUACUGCACGCAAACAAAUAUAAUUGGUUUCAUAUUAUUGAAUGUACUGCAUUAUUAGCAUGCGCUACUGUUGCAAUUUU